ACUUCUUGUCCUGUUCCCCCUGCUGGGACCAGGAGGAGCAAAGACACAUGAAGAUCAUAGAUGAGACCAUGGCCCAGCUACAAGACUUGAAGAAUCAGCACCUGGCCAAGAAGUCAGAAGUGAAUGAUAAGAAUCACGAGAUGGAGGAGAUUCGUAAGAAACUGGGGGGCGCCAACAAGGAAAUGACCCAUUUACAGAAGGAGGUGACAGCCAUUGAGACCAAGCUUGAACAGAAGCGCAGCAACCGCCACAACCUGCUACAGGCCUGCAAGAUGCAGGACAUCAAGUUGCCACUGUCUAAGGGCACCAUGGACGAUAUUAGUCAGGAAGAGUUUGCAGCCAUGGUGAUCAUUGCCUAG